AUGGCUCCAGCACAGCAGCGUGUGGUCGCUCAGGCUCCUCCGGGUGGAGCACCCGAUGCCUCAUUGCUGGAAGCCUGGGUGGUCUCCUGGGCGGACAAGAUGUGCUUAGCACUGGCAGGGGUGCCGGACGAGGCAUGGGCGUCACAGACCAGCGCGCCACCCACGGCGCGCAGCGGUCCUGCCGCUCAGGGCUACAGCGCAUAUCCGCGGACGAUGCCGGGAGCGAAUCAGAGGAUGAGCCGGACGUGUACGGAUGGCCUCUCUGCCGUUUCGGCCCUGAGCAAAGUGGAAAGGGCCCUGCAGCAGCACCUCAAUCCGAUGUCUCCGCGAAGCUUUGAGGAUCUCGUGUCGCCAAGGCCCAGCAGCCCAGUUGCCAACACCACACCGCGAGGCGCAGCCUCCAAAGCUGCGCCGUCUGCACGGGCUAUGCACAAG